ACGCCGUCGUUCGUUCCCGCUGGAGCUUGAACUCUAACCCUAACGUCCUCUAAUGGCUUCCUGUGACGAUGACUUCUCUCUCCUCAGCGACGAUCACCACCACCACAACCACCAUCAAUCCACCACCAACCACCAUCAUGUUCCAAAUCCUCAGCAUAUCCAUCAAUCCUACGUUCCUCACCGCUUCACGCCUCGAUCGUCUUCUGUCCACCCACCGCCGCCUCCGCCACCUUCCGCUCAAGCGGCUCAGCCGAUUCUCGCGCCGUCCGGCAGUCCGAAGAAGAUCGGCGGGCGGAUAGAUAAGGAGGAGGAGGACGACGAUGGGGAGGAUUAUGGCGAUGCUACUUUCUGCUCCAGUUCAUUUGAUAACGGAGAUCAGAAUCGGAUUGGUGUUGGUGUUGAUGUUGAUGUGCGAGUUGAGAAGAGGAAGGAUCAGUCGGAUGAGCUUGGGGAGGAAGGAGGUUCUUAUAGUUACAAAAGAGCGAAGCCUUCGUCCAGUGGGGGAGAAUACAGGAAGGAUCGAGAGGAGUGGAGCGAUGCGGCUAUCUCGUGCCUUCUGGAUGCGUAUACGGAGAAAUUUACGCAGCUGAAUAGGGGGAAUUUGAGAGGGAGGGAUUGGGAGGAAGUGGCUGCAACUGUGAGUGAACGGUGCGAGAAGCAGAGCAAGAGCGUAGAGCAGUGUAAGAACAAAGUAGACAACUUAAAGAAGAGGUACAAGCUGGAGAGGCAAAGGAUGAGUGACGGUGGCAUUUCGAUCAGCCACUGGCCUUGGUUUAAGCAGAUGGAGCAAAUUGUUGGAAAUUCUUUGACGAUGAAGGUUGUGUCUGACGAAGAUCGAAGUGUCGGCUCAUCGGCGACUACUCCGAGGAUAUCAAAGAGGUACGUUAUUCCCGCACCCAAUACUACUGGGCACAUGAAUAAUCUAAAACCCAAAUCAGUUUCCAGUCCAAGGUGGCGAAGAGUUGUCUUUAAAAUAAGUGGUACAGCUCUUACAGGGACUGGUCCUAACAACAUCGACCCGAAGGUUACAAUGGCAAUUGCUAGAGAAGUUGUAAUAGCUUGUCGUCUGGGUGUGGAGGUGGCAAUCGUUGUUGGAGGUCGUAACGUCUUUUGUGGAGAUUCUUGGGUGACUGCAACAGGUUUAGAUAGAUGUACAGCAUACCAAAUUGGUAUGAUGGCUACUGUGAUGAAUUCAAUACUUCUCCAGUCAGCAAUAGAGAAUAUGGGAGUCCAGACUCGUGUCCAAUCUGCAUUUAUGCUUCAUGAGGUUGCUGAACCAUACAGUAGGCAACGUGCUAUAAGGCAUCUUGAGAAAGGCAGAGUAGUUAUAUUUGGUGGCAUUGGCACUGGCACUGGCAAUCCCCUAUUUUCCACUGAUACAGCUGCAGCUCUUCGAGCUUCUGAGAUUCAUGCCGAGGCAGUUCUUAAAGGUACCAAUGCUGAUGGGGUGUAUGACUGCAGUUCGCAAGACAACAAUUUUACAUUCAAGCACAUCUCUUUCAGAGAGUUGGCCUCAAGAGGUGCCACAAGCAUGGACGUGACUGCAUUAACUUUCUGCGAAGAGAACAACAUUCCCGUCGUCGUCUUUAAUCUUCUCGAGCCUGAAAAUAUCUCAAAAGCAUUGUGCGGAGACCAAGUGGGUACACUGAUUGAUCAAAACGGAAGAAUUAGCUAGUGUCCGUGAUUCUUAAAUUUUUAGUAUUAGGUAUGUCGUGUCGAGUCCGUAGAGUGUUCGGUUGGCUCGUUUAAGAAAUGGUAGCUGCCCUCUCAGCUUCUGGGGUCGUCUUUCCUGGCUAGGAUUUGGAGUGUUUGCUAUGUUACUUGCUUAGUAACUCAGUGUGAAAGUAGAGUAGAUUCUGAUUACUAAUCUGAAGAUCUGAUUCUUGGUGUGGUGCCAAAAUUUCUUCUGCAUUUGUAUCUAUAUUUGUAUGUAUACUAUUAUUGGUUCAGUGGAAGGGUAAGCUAAGAAAAUGGAUGGGGAUGGCAGAUUUGAAGUGUAUUGGUAUGUAAACUUGUCAUGUAAUGUAUGUGAAGUGUUUGUAAGUUGAACGUUUUCAAUGUAUGAUUCAAACACAGCCUUUUGCUGUUUUUCAUAAUGUAUAAAAUACCAAGUGUGUUGCAGAA